AUGUUGAGUCAGGAACGGAUGGUCAAAAAACUGAAGGUGGCUCAGAGAAAGAUGAUCGAAAAGAGGAGGUUACUUUUGAAGAUGAAUCAGAAUAUUUGGAAAAGAUGAUCAAAAAGAUUUUGAAGGCGAGUUGGAAGGUUUGGAGAAAGAUGAUCAGACAAUAG